CUCGCCUGGGGCGAAGGCCGGAGACGCCGGAGAGGGGAGCGCGCGUCGCGCGCGCCCCCCUCCGCCGCAUUCCAUCCGUCCCAUUCACUGCCCGCUCGCGAUGUGCGGACGGCUGACGGGGGUGUCGAGUGUGUGCCGUGCGGUGUUGGUGUCGUCUGCCGUCUCCUCUUCCGACCUAAAGCAUUCGAGAAUCUCGGCUCACCAAUAAUAUGCGAUGCAAGGCUCGACGGGCGACAUCCUCGCUCAAGAUGUGUACGAGUAUAGCUGGAUGCAGACGGAACGUCGGCCUCGACAAUCGUGACAUGACGUGACGUCAACGGUGUGAUGGUGUGAUGUGACUGUGACGUGUGGAUGACUCGAAAAGUAAAGGGCUGUUCAUAUGUGCAUUCUCAGCUAUACAUUUUUUAUGAAUAUAUAUUGAUUUUGACGUUUACGCUGGCAUAUUAUCCAUUUCACUUUGCGGAUUUCGUACACAUGGGUCUCGACAUGAAUACAAUCGAAACAAUAUCUUAGGGCAACGAUGUGUCUGGAAGUCUUGCACAAGGCUUGCAAGUCUUCGAUAAGACUUCCAAGUCUUGCUGAAGAUUUGUCAGAGUCUUAGCAAGCCUUGUAGAAGGUUUGCAAGAGUCUGGUACAAAACUUGUUGAAGUCUUGUACAAUACUCUUGCGACAGUCUGGUAAGACUCUAGCAAAAGCUUUGUACAAGACAUGCAAGAGUCUUGUACAAGACUCCUGCAAGAUUCUUAUACAGUACACGUAAAGUCUUACAAGACUCUUGCAAGAGCCUUGUGCAAGACAUGCAAGAAUCUUGUACCAGACCAGCAAGAUUCUUUAUAAGAAUCUUGUAUAAGAUGUGCAAGAUUCUUGUAAAAGAUUUGCAAGAAUCUUGCACCAGACUUGCAAGAUUCUUGCACAAGAUUUAUUAGAAUCUUGUAUAAGAUGUGCAAGAUUCUUGUAAAAGAUUUGCAAGAAUCUUGCACCAGACUUGCAAGAUUCUUGCACAAGAUUUAUAAGAAUCUUGUAUAAGAAGUGCAAGAUUCUUGUAAAAGAUUUACAAGAAUCUUUUACCAGACUUGCAAGAUUCUUGCACAAGAUUUAUAAGAAUCUUGUAUAAGAUGUGCAAGAUUCUUGUAAAAGAUUUACAAGAAUCUUGUACAAGACAUGCAAGAUUCAUACACAAUAUCUUACAAGAAAGUGGGCCAAUUUCUUGCAAGAUUGUCUUGCAUAAUAAUGCCUGACAAUCUUGUAAGAUUUUUUCACCUGGGUUUAGACCUUUUACAACAUUUUUUUUUUCAAUUCAAGGAAAGCUGCAAAAAAACCUACAUCUUGCUUUCUAUUUUCCACAUUUCCAUUGCUAUCCUUAGUGCAUUUUUACAUUUUUAAUAGCUUAUUUGUCAGUUUUCAUUAUUGCUGCUCUUUCUGCCACUAAAUAGUCACAAAUGAUAACGGCUGCACUGCGCAGGUACUCUAAAGAAUAUCCUGUGUUGGUGAUAAUGCAAGUGGUAAAGAUGUGUAAAAUGUUGAUUUUGUAUGUAAUUUGCUCCUUGAGACACUGUUCAGCAAACUAGCAUUCAGUACAUACAUAAAGAAUACCUGGAAUUUAGAGGUGCAACUCCUUCCACUGAAACCUUGCUUGCUUUGCUGGCAGGAACUGAUGGUAGGAGUACAAAAAUGUGCAUAUUCUACCUCACUGCUCUGUGGACAACUAGGUGUGGGUAACAAGAUCAAGUAAAAUAUAUCACAAAGGAUCUUUCUUUCCUCUCAGGCGUGCAGUGAGGCGCCGCCACCAUGGUGCUGACCCGACUGUCGCACGCCGGCGGCUCGUGCCCGCUGGGCAAGGACAAACAGGACGACUGCUACGAGUGCUCCUCCGAGGAGAGCGGGCCCUCGCAGCCGGCGCCGAGCGGGCGCGCCCACCUCUUCCAGAAGCCGCUGCCGCCCAAACGCGCCGUGCCCUUCCAUCUGCUCGACCUGCCCGUCGAGGUACUGGAGAAGAUAUUCUCCAUGCUAACCUUCGGCGAGGUGUCCCGACUGCGCAUCGUGUGUCAAAAGUUCAACUCUGUAGCUGGCAAUUCACUCACAAAAACAUUUCAUCUGCUUCAAAAUCAAACUCUGCAGCGUUUUCAUGCAAUCAAGGCUCAGAUGCCCCGGAGGGAGUCACUGCGGAGGCGACAUCCUCUGGUGACCCACUGCGACAUCAUUGAGACGCUGAACAUGCGGCUGACGCUGCUGCAGAUGACGUUCGGCAAGCACAUGGAGCGCAAACACAUCUGCUUCUUCGCCGGCGAGAUCCUGGACGAGGUGAUCCAGGUGAUGGGCCAGCUGAAGUCGCAGAACCGGCUGACGAUCCGCAUCACGGACGAGCUGUCCGACCUCAGCACCAUGGCCAGCGAGUACUUCAAGGAGCACAUCGAGCGCCGACUGCCCGACCUGCUCUCGUUCGGACCAGAGGAGCGCUUCAGCUAUCCCAGCUCGCCGGGUCCCGGCUCGACCUCCGCCUCGUCGGUGGUGGACAGCAGCGUCGGAGGAGACUGGGACGUCUGGGACGAGGACGACGACUUCAUGGGCAACGCCGUGCUCAAAAAGAAAAUCGGCAAACUCAGCAAACAGCUGAAAAAGAGUACGGCCCAGUUGACGACCGUGAAGAAGGAGAUGCGUGGCUACAAGACUCGGGUCGACGAGCAGGCGCGCAUCAUUGAAGACUACAAGGCGCGUCUCGAGGACCACGACAAAAAGUUCGACGAGAGCGCGCGCAAAAUGACCACCAUUCUGCAGGAGCUGAAUGAGUGCAAGACGGAGCUGCAGUACUGGCGCUCCCGGUCGGCGGCGCCGGGCUCCGAGUGCUGCGCGGCUGCCGCGGCCGCCCUGGAGCCGGCGCUCGAGGGCCCCGGCCUGCCGCCGUCGCCGGGCGCCGCCGCGCUGGAGCUGAUCGCCGACGUGCCGAUCAAGUCUCCGCAGCGCUGGGAGGCGCCCGUGCCGGCUCCGGCGGCCGACGAGCAGCGGCACACGGACGACUCGGAGGCAGAGGAGGGAGCCGAGAGCAAGAUCGAGACGCGCAGCAAACGGCGCAUCGUCGACAGUGACGACUCGCGCCGCUCCAUGGCCGCCGCCGCCGCCGCACCUCGUGCAUGGAAACCGCGGAAGCGGGUGAAAAACUAGCCUCCCAGCGUGCGUGCGUCGGCGUAUCAUUUUUCCCAAAGGUACAAACGAUCGAAAUCAACACUCACCUCACCAGUUUCGGGGCGGCGGGCUCGCCCGCGCCGCCGAUGGACACGACCGGGACCUGACGUAACGGAGCGCCGCCGCCGGGCGGCACAGCGGCCGCGCACCUCGGCCCGCCCGCCCGCCCGCGCGCGGCCGGCCGGCCGACGCGGCACCCGUUUUUAAUCGUUGCGUGUGUCCGCCUUGCGACCCUGACCGCCUCACCGCAGCGUCAUUUAGUUAGAGCUCGACUAGUCUUGUACUUUAAUGUCACUUAGGAAGCGCUAGGUUCUGGAUCGAGGGCGUCGCUGCGGCGCAAGUGGUCAGACAGAGGACCGUGCAUGAGACCGGCGUGUGGCUCGUGCACAACGUGCUAGGGCGCGCGAGGGACGCGCUGCAAAUCUGAGUCAUCCGCUCGUGUCAGUGACGGCAAUGUAUUGUUGUGGGACGGCGUUGGUCGCCGUGUGUAGUGUGGGCGGCGGGGUGGGGAGGGCGGAGGCAGACAAUGUCUCGCGAUGUUGGGGGGACCGGUCCCGGCCCGCCCGCCGCUGUACAAGGCGCAGCCGGUGCGGCUCGCUGCAUCCGACUCAUCUCAUAGGUUGGUGGGCCGAGGGGCCGCAAUAAACGAGGUCGCCUCGCGCA